UCCACUUAUCCCUCCUUCUCCAACUCCUUCCUUCAGCAAAUGCCCUAGCCUCCACCAAAGAAAGCAAACGCUAGCAGCCUCCACCAAUCGUUGUCGCCGUCUGUCGGAGUGAGAGACUGCUGCCGCCGUCCGUCGCACUCAAGAACUACCAUCUUCGUGGUCUCGGGCCUCUCGCCGGAUCCUCCGCUUCGUGUGCUCGCAUCUCCCCUCUCUCCUCUGUGCUCGGCUGCUCGCGCCUCACUCCGCCAGUGAGUGCUCGAGCUGUGCGCGUUGGUUGCUGCUCGUUGUCCGUGGUUGUCUCUGCUCGAUUCUGCCUCCCAGUGUCACUCGAGUCUCGUCUCGGUCACUGGCAUCUCGUGGUUCGUCUGUCUCGUCGCCGGCGGCAGAAGCAACUCGUGGGGUUGUCUCUUGCUUCGUCGCCUUCUGUGGGGUGGUUGCCGACUCGCCUUCAACCGUUGGUUCAGUGUUGGCUUCAAGUUUCAAAUGGGAAUUGGGAGCUGGUGAAGAUAAUAACAUCUUCUGGAACUGAGUCUGAUCUAGAAUUAUGCUAGUACACAGUGAUGUUUGUUCCAUUUGGCUGGACUCAACCGGUUGGACCAGUAAACCAGUGAACCAGUGACUAGAGCGGUUUGAUGACCGGUCCGGUUUUCAGAACCUUGCUUACAGCAUAGAACACACCACUUGAAUCUAUAGUGUUCUGGGUGUCGAACCUUCAAGCUUCUUCCUCAGUUUCAGAGUUACAAGCUCCUAUCUUCCUAAAAAAAAUGGCUUCGCUUUCUCUCAACAUGGUUUCAGUUCCACCAAGAACAACAACAAUCUCAUGCACAAGAACAAGGGUGCCUUCACUUCCUUUCUCAUUCACUACUUCAUGGUUUCAGGCACCGGAUAAGGCUCCAUUGAAAGAUGGUUCAAGCAUCAAUCAGCUUCUUGGUAUUAAAGGAGCUGCUCAAGAUUCAAAUAAAUGGAAGAUUCAAGUUCAAUUUACAAAAUUUGUCACUUGGCCUCCGUUGGUUUGGGGUGUAGUUUGUGGUGCCACUGCUUCUGGAAAUUUCCAUUGGACUAUUGAGGAUGUUGCUAAAUCAAUUGCGGGCACGUUGAUGUCUGGCCCGUUUCUAACAGGAUAUACUCAGACUAUAAAUGAUUGGUAUGACCGAGAAAUCCGAAUUCCUUCUGGGGUUAUAUCUGAGAACGAGGUUAUCACUCAAAUAUGGGUGCUGCUACUAGGAGGUCUUGGCUUGGCAGGUCUAUUAGACGUAUGGGUUGUAAAGUGGCGAUGUCCAAAGCAAAGCCUAUCUCCCAACCCCGAUCCCGGAUUUGGUUGUCCAAAGAAAAGCCUAGCUCCCAAUGCUGAUGCCGGUUUUGGAUUUCCAAAGAAAACCAUACCUCCCAAGAAAAGCCUUCCUCCUAACCCUGAUACUAGUUUCCAGAAAAUGGUCCUUUAUUUAGAGUCUAUAGGUCUAGACUCUUUCUCAGUUAUCGAAAAUCAUCCGAAGUUGAUCACUGCCUCCCUCGAUGACAUUAAAUCUACAGUGGAAUACAUUAUGUCCAUGGACUUCACCACGAUCGAGUUUCGACGCAUAGUUGGCAUGUGCCCGGAUGUUCUGACCACCCACGUCUCGGACAUCAUACCCGUCUUUACCUUCCUUCUCCGCGAGGCUCAUGUAAAAGGCUCGGAUAUUAAAAGGGUCAUACAUCGUCGCCCGAGGUUGCUUGUUUGCAGUGUCAAUAACCAACUCCGUCCUACACUUUACUACCUCCAAAGUAUUGGCAUAGAAGAGGUAAGUAGGCACACUGAUUUGCUAUCAUGUAGUGUCCAAGAAAAGCUUAUACCCCGAAUAGAUUACUUCGAGAAUAUCGGGUUUUCUCGACGCGAUGCAACUACCAUGUUCCGAAGAUUUCCUCCACUGUUUUGUUACAGUAUUAAGAAUAAUCUGGAGCCGAAAUACAAUUACUUUGUGGUGGAGAUGGGGAGAGAUUUGAAGGAGCUGAAGGAGUUUCCACAGUAUUUCUCAUUUAGCUUAGAGAACAGAAUUAAGCCGAGGCAUAAACGCUGCGUAGAAAUGGGGGUGUGUUUCCCUCUCCCUGUGUUGUUAAAGAUGACCGAAAUGAGCUUUCAAAAUAGGUUAGAUCUAUGUGUAAAUUCCUCAACACCCUUGAAAAAAUCUCCUCUCUGGUGUAAUGCUUGUGAUAUUCAAGUAUAGAGAAAAAAAUUAACAACAAUUGCAUUGUGUAUUUACUAUUUACAUUGCUUUUGAUGAA